AUUUGCCAAAGCCAAGCCCGAAAUUCCCUGGACAUCACUCACUCGGAAAGGAAUUGUGAGAGUUGUAUUUUUUCCAUUAUUCAGCCAGUGGUGGAUACAGGUCACCUCCCAGCGUAUUUUUAUGUGGCUCCUGGUGCUCUACGUUAUGCAAGUCAUAGCAGUUGUGUUGUAUUUCAUGGUGCCUGUUGUGAACGCGAGUGAAGUCAUGGGACCGAUGUGCCUUAUGCUGCUGAUGGGAACCGUCCACUGUCAGAUAGUGUCCACCCAGGUCAGCCGCCCCUCGGGGAGCAACGGGCUCGGCCGGCGCAGGAGGAAGUUACGCAAAUCUGUGGGUGUCGAUGGGAACAGUUGGUCUCCUGACAAAAACAGUAAAGAAGAGCAGUCUGAAUCUGCAUCCAUUCUUAACAAUUUAUUUAGUAUGCUUUUCCAAAGGAGGAUCAGAAGAGUAAAGUUGGUAGCUGAGAAAGGGACCGAGACAGAAAAUGGUGUGAGUGCUGUGAAUAAUGGCGUGAGACACCGACACGGCAGAUCUGAACACAGGCUGUUGCACUUCAAAGAGAAAAACAAACUUUCCGAUGGGGAAAAGAGCCAUCAGGGCGACGGCGUCCACAGGGGCGUCUCGGAGGAGCUGUCGAGCGAGGAGGAGGCCGAAGCGACGGCACAGAGGGUCUUGUUACGCCAGAGCCUGGAAGGGGCUUCCAGUGACAACAGCUAUGAAGAGAAGAAGAAGAGGCCUCUUGUUUCUCUGAACCAGGCUGUCUCGCAGGUCAAGCAAGUCCUGAAAGGUGCCAGAGACUCCGACAGUGUCGUGGAAUCUGAACUGGAAUCCACGUUGUAUGGUCAGGACUCGAGGUCCUGCCUGAGCGUGGGGUCCCGGAGCUGCAGCGUCACCCGGAGGGACUCGGAGAGCACCCGCCACGACUCGGAGACCGAGGACAUGCUCUGGGACGAUCUGCUCCACGGGCCCGAGUGCCGCUCGUCCUGCAGCAGCGACAGCGAGGACACGGCCGUGAGGGGCGGCCGGCGGGACCUGAAGGAGGACGUUUUCCAGCAGAACCAUUUGUUUUGGCUGCAGAAUACGAGUCCAGCAUCUGCAAAAGUGAGUGCCCUGAUCUGGGAAGGGAACGACUGUAAGAAGGUCGACAUGUCUGUGCUGGAGAUCAGUGGGAUCAUCAUGAGCAGGGUUAAUGCCUACCAGCAAGGAGCGGGCUAUCAGAUGCUGGGAAACAUCAUCACCCUUGGAUUAGCGUUCCUGCCCUUCCUCUACAGGCUCUUCCGCACAGACCACCUGGAGCAGCUCUGCUCCCUCUCCCUCACGGAGCUUUUGCACAUCUUUUGUGGAGCACCUGCGAGUGCCCCCGUCGUGGUUUUGUCUGCGAUCAACUUCCUUGAAAGACUUUGCCUCACCUGGAUGUUUUUCUUCAUGAUGUGCGUUGCAGAGAGAACAUACAAACAGAGGUUUUUGUUUGCCAAGCUUUUCAGCCACAUCACAUCUGCUCGGAAAGCCAGGAAAUACGAAAUCCCUCACUUUAGACUCAAGAAGGUUGAAAACAUCAAGAUCUGGUUGUCCCUUCGUUCCUACCUGAAGCGCCGAGGCCCCCAGCGCUCCGUGGACGUUGUCGUAUCGUCCAUCUUUUUACUGGCUCUUUCAAUUGCUUUUAUAUGCUGCGCCCAGGUUCUUAAGGGUCACAAAACAUUUCUGAAUGCAGCUUACAACUGGGAGUUCCUGAUCUGGGAGGCAGCCCUGCUGCUCUUCUUACUACGUCUGGCAUCUUUGGGCUCCGAAACCAACAAGAAAUACAGUAACAUCUCAAUCCUGCUUACGGAGCAGAUAAACCUGUACCUAAAGAUGGAGAAGAAGCCAAACAAGAAGGAACAGCUGUCGCUAGUGAACAACGUUCUGAAGCUCUCCACAAAGCUGCUGAAGGAACUGGAUACCCCGUUCCGGCUCUACGGGCUGACCAUGAACCCCCUGAUCUACAACAUAACCCGUGUGGUUAUCCUCUCCGCCGUCUCGGGCGUUAUAAGCGAUCUCCUGGGCUUCAACAUCCGAUUAUGGAAAAUCAAACCCUGAACCGAGCGUCGGCCCUCGGACCCUCCCCGCCA